UCCUGAAAUAAUAAUAACAAUUAUGAUUCACACGGAAAGAAGACGAGAAGAACAAACCGAAGGCGAGAUCCGAUCUCUACUUUUCCCUACUCGCUUUAUCGAUCCCUACUUCGAUUCCCAGCCCCAGCUUCUCGAUUAGGAUCUUUUCCACCUUCGCGAGCUAGCUCCAGAUGGUUUAGCUGCUGAUCUACUCGGGGAGAGGAGUAUUGAUAUAGUUUGCGAUGGGAGCUCGUUUCUCAAGAUUACGGCCCUGUUGUUGGCGCUCACAGUUCAAGGGGACUGUUCUUGAAGCUCCGGAUGUAGAGAGUGAGGAGAAAGGUGAGGCGUAUGAUCUGCCCCCUUUCCAGGAGUUUUCUUUUGAGCAGCUGAGAUUGGCUACGUCUGGGUUUGCGGUUGAAAACAUUGUCUCGGAGCAUGGUGAGAAGGCCCCGAAUGUUGUUUACAAGGGGAAGCUGGAUGCACAAAGGAGGAUUGCAGUGAAGAGAUUUAACAGAUCAGCUUGGCCUGAUACCCGCCAAUUCCUGGAAGAAGCAAGAGCUGUUGGCCAGCUUCGAAACCACAGAUUGGCAAAUUUGCUUGGCUGCUGUUACGAAGGCGAUGAGAGGCUUCUUGUGGCAGAAUAUAUGCCCAACGAAACACUUGCAAAGCACCUUUUCCACUGGGAAUCACAACCAAUGAAGUGGCCUAUGCGACUAAGAGUGGUCCUCUACUUGGCGGAGGCCUUAGAGUAUUGCACCAGUAGGGGCCGUGCACUCUAUCAUGAUCUAAAUGCCUACAGAGUUUUAUUUGAUGAAGAAUGUAAUCCCAGACUAUCAUGUUUUGGCCUCAUGAAGAACAGUCGGGAUGGCAAGAGUUAUAGUACUAAUUUGGCAUUUACACCUCCUGAAUAUUUGAGAACUGGAAGGGUUACACCAGAAAGUGUCAUAUAUAGCUUUGGGACUUUGCUCCUUGAUGUUCUAAGUGGAAAGCACAUACCUCCUAGCCAUGCCCUUGACUUGAUACGAGAUCGUAAUUUCAAUAGUCUGACGGACUCUUGUUUGGAAGGGCAAUUCUCAGAUGAAGAUGGGACUGAAUUAGUACGCUUAGCUUCAAGGUGCCUACAAUAUGAACAGCGUGAACGCCCUAACGUGAGGUCAAUAGUACAUGCAUUAACUCCACUCCAGAAGGAGACUGAAGUCCCUUCUUAUGUUUUGAUGGAUAUCCCUUGUGGUGGUGCAUCCUCAAUAGAAUCACUUUCACUUUCACCCCUGGGUGAAGCUUGUUCCAGAAUGGAUUUGACUGCAAUUCAUGAAAUAUUGGAAGCACUUGGAUACAAAGAUGACGAGGGUACAACAAAUGAGCUGUCAUUUCAAAUGUGGACGAAUCAAAUGCAAGAAACACUUAACUCAAAAAAGAAGGGUGAUACUGCUUUCAAGCACAAGGAUUUUACUACGGCAAUUGAGUGCUACACCCAGUUUAUUGAUGUUGGGACAAUGGUUUCGCCAACCAUUUUUGCACGCCGUUGUUUAUCAUAUCUGAUGAAUGAUAUGCCACAGGAAGCUCUUAACGAUGCAAUGCAGGCACUAGUUAUAUCGCCUACAUGGCCAAGUGCAUUGUAUCUUCAGGCUGCUACCCUUUUGGCUCUUGGGAUGGAGAAUGAAGCUCGAGAAGCGCUCAAAGAUGGUUCUUUGCUAGAAGCGAAAAGGAGCGGGGGGCGUUAAACUAAGACUAAACACUCACAAACUUCAAAUCCUCAGAAUUUCAGAUCAAUGCCCCAUGAUAAUGGACUGUAUAUCUCAUCGUUUAAAGACAAUAUUUUGAAUGUCAGAGAUUGCCAUUGUUAUAGCAAUAGGCUUGAUUCUUUGAUGGGCCCAUUGUUCUAGAGUUGCGCCACAUUUAUCUUGAUUGAGGUUUAAGUUGAAGCAUAUUUAGCGAUUUCUAAGUUGUCAUUUUUCGAAGUUCGUUUGAUGUAAGUCAUAACCCUUUCAAUUUGUAUUGUGCAUGUAUAUAUGGGGAAUCGACCAAAAUCUUCGUGAAAUUAGAAUGGUUAAGUUGUUUCCCCUAUCCAUGUAAAUGCCCGAACUUGCUGAUGAACAUGUAAUGGUGUACAGCAGUUGAAUGAUUUAAUUCUUGUGUGGCUUUCUUCUCUAA